CAGUUCCAGGGAGGUGUGUGGUCCCUCAGCACGGUGCUGUGCGAUGCCCUGAUGACCAUGGACGUGAUGCUGUGCACAGCCUCCAUCUUCAACCUCUGUGCUAUCAGCGUGGAUCGGUUUAUCGCUGUUUCAAUCCCACUGAACUACAACCGGCGACAAAUCGACCUGCGGCAGUUGAUCCUUAUAUCCACCACCUGGAUAUUUGCCUUUGCUGUAGCAUCCCCAGUCAUAUUUGGCCUCAACAACGUCCCAAACCGGGACCCCAGCUUGUGUCAGCUGGAGGAUGACAACUACAUUGUGUACUCCUCCAUCUGCUCCUUCUUCAUCCCUUGCCCCGUCAUGCUGGUGCUCUACUGCGCCAUGUUCCAAGGACUCAAGCGUUGGGAAGAAGCCAGGAAAGUCAAGCUGAGGGGCAGCAUCUACGGGGCCAACAGGAAGCUGUAUCACCCCUCAACCUUUAUUGAGAGCAAGCAGACCGGACUGGAGCCAGAGGGGUGCAACCCUUACGCUUGCUCUGACCACCCUGGGGGCUAUGUGAUGAACAAUGGGAUCCAGACUGUCUCCUACCCACACCUCAAGUACUCACACCCAGGACACAGUCGGAAGCGAGCCAAGAUCAAUGGCCGGGAGCGGAAGGCCAUGCGGGUGCUGCCUGUCGUCGUCGGUGCUUUCCUCUUCUGCUGGACACCUUUUUUUGUGGUCCACAUUACCAGGGCUCUCUGCAAGUCCUGCACCAUUCCCACCCAAGUCAUCAGCACUGUCACUUGGCUGGGUUACGUCAACAGUGCUCUCAACCCCAUCAUUUAUACCGUUUUCAACGCGGAGUUCAGGAACUUCUUCCGCAAAGUCUUGCGCCUCUUCUGCUGAGCCCACCGGAACUGGCAGGGAGAAGGAACGACCAGGCUAUUUUUUGUAUAGUUCAUUAAAGAUCUAUUUCUGCCU